CGGCGCUGCUGGCGCGCGGGCCGGGCGGCUGCGCCCUCCGAGCGGCGGCGGCUGCCGGCCGAGCCAUGGGCACGGUGCCGUCCGCGCUGAAGCACUGCCUCAGCUACCAGCACCUCCUCAAGGAGCAGCUCUGGAUCGCGGAGCCGCCCGCGGCCGCGCACCCCGCGCAGGAACCUCAAGCAUCUGGACUGCCUGAGUACAUAAAAAUUGUAGAAGUUGGGCCAAGGGAUGGAUUACAAAAUGAAAAGGUGAUAGUUCCAACUGAUACAAAAAUUGAGUUAAUCAACCAGCUUUCCAAAACAGGCCUGCCUGCAAUAGAAGUGACCAGUUUUGUUUCAUCCAAAUGGGUGCCUCAGAUGGCAGAUCACAAAGAAGUAAUGAGGGGUAUUGAGCGGCAUCCUGGAGUCCAGUAUCCCGUUCUCACACCUAAUCUUCAAGGUUUUCACUCUGCUAUUGCAGCAGGAGCUACAGAAGUCUCAGUAUUUGGUGCAGCAUCUGAAUCUUUUAGCAAAAUGAAUAUUAAUUGUUCAAUUGAAGAAAGCAUAGAAAGGUUUGAAGAAGUCACUAAAUCGGCAAGGAAUAUGAAUAUUCCAGUGCGUGGGUAUGUGUCCUGUGCCUUGGGAUGCCCAUAUGAAGGAAAUGUUGUACCAGAUAAAGUGGCAGAAGUAUCGAAGCGGCUGUACAGUAUGGGCUGUUAUGAAAUCUCUCUGGGAGAUACAAUUGGUGUGGGGACGCCUGGAAGUAUGAAAAAAAUGCUGGAAGCUGUUAUGAAAGAAAUUCCUCUGAGUGCUCUUGCUGUUCACUGUCAUGACACAUAUGGUCAGGCGUUAGCCAAUAUCCUCACAGCCAUACAGAUGGGAGUUGCUGUAGUGGAUUCAUCUGUUGCAGGGCUUGGUGGUUGUCCCUAUGCAAAAGGUGCUACUGGAAAUGUAGCCACAGAGGAUGUGAUAUACAUGCUGAAUGGUCUGGGGAUCAACACAGGAGUAAAUCUUUGUGCCGUGAUGGAAGCUGGAAACUUCAUCUGCACAGCUUUGAACAAGAAAACAAACUCAAAGGUUGCACAAGCUUCCUUCAGAACUGGAACUACCAAUUAAACAGAGUUUUCUUUUUGCAGCUUGAUUACAUUUUCCAUUUACCUUGACCAAGGACAUUUGCAUCAGGAAAAGAAACAAGAAAACCAUUGCGUCAAAGAAGCAAAAUAGAACUGAUAUAUAAUUCUUUUUUAAUGGGAGGAGUUAUUGUACUGUACUGCCUUGUCAGGAAUUGUCUGAUUUGUAAGAAAUAAAUGACUGUAGUACAGAACCCUGUGCUUGGUACUUCUACAGAUGAGAAAAAUGUACAAACAUUUUACCAUGUUUUAAAUUGAAUUUUUAGUUGUUUUCAGGAAAAUUGGGUAGAAGCAGUGAGUACAUAGUUAAAUUUUAAUCAAGAUGUCUUUCAGAACAGUACAAAUAUUUUCAGUAGUUUAUGGGAUCUCACACUGUGUGUGGCCAUUCUAUUGUGUAUUUUAUUUAUCUGAAUUCUCGCUUUUCAUUUGUCAAGUCACUGUGUUAUGAACAUGGAGCCAGAUCUGAAUUCACUGUAAGAUUUUUUUAGCACUAGAUCUUCUUUUAAAUUUUAUUUAACAUCUGUUAAAUUAUGGAUGACUUUAUCUUGUUCCAAGACAUUGUGGUGAAUGGCACUUUGCCAGAUCCUUCAAAUUCUAUUGCAAAUUUCCUUAUUUGUUACAUAUGUUAAAUUUGUUGUAGUUGCCUUUUUUGGUCAAAUUAUUAAAACCUAAUUCUAUAUAGCAAAUAAAAAUUGGCAAGGUUUUCAAAAUCAUUCAGGUUCAUAGAGGUGUAGAAGAGGCUACAUUUUCAUCCAAGGUUUCAUCAAUUAGAUUUUUCAUUCUAUAGGCUAUGAAUUGAUAUUCUCAUUCAGAAGUCACAGGUUUUUUAGGAUAAUAGUAUUUUGCUGUUCUAGCUUACACAAAGGAAACCACUUACAAUUUCUAUUUGUGCUGUACUGAUAAUGAUACUAUUCUUUUAAAUCCCUUAGUUCAACAAGAUGCCAAUGAACUGCACUGUCAUUUCUAGAUCAAUAAAGAACAAAUGGACAAAUUCAAAGAGAAUUAUCCUAUUUAUAAAUGUUCAAGUGUACCAUGCAAAUACUGUCAUGUUUUUCAGCCUGAAACUUCAGUACUCUUACUGGUUGGUUGGGUGGGAUCUGUCUGUACUUUGUGUAGUUAACCUUGAUCUGUAUUUUUUCUGAACAUGGCCUGUUGACAUGAAAAUCUAAAACCCUGGACUGUGGUCUUCAUCGGUAUUCUCAAUUUUCCUCAAAAAUGUGAAAUCUUGUCAAAAGGUAAGAUAAAAGAAAGUGAAAGAUAACACAUAAAAAAAGAAAAGGCUGACAUUUUUUUUGUCUGGAACUCAAGUCUGCCAAGUUACAGCUGAGUUAUGGUUUGCCUUUGAAAUACCAAAGUGAAUUUUUCUGAGAUCUUUUAGCCAGUUGUGUAGUUUAGAAUUGGCAUAGUUUAAGAAAGUCAGUAUUUGCAUGCCAGGCAAUACAAAGGUGUAAAUUUUAUAUAAUACCUCUAUCAUGUUUAUGCCAUAAUGAUAGUCAAAAUUAAUAUAAGCUACUCUGUUUCACUCUUCUCAUGGUAAAAAUCAAAGGAUAAACAAAGAAAUGUGUUCAGAUGAGGCAAGAAAUAUCUUGCCUAUCAUUUCAAAAUACUAAAUAUUUCCUGCAGAGUCUAGUAAGAAGACUUUCAAGUACUCCUGGAGGUGUGAACACCCUGAUUUUCUGGAUGCCACAAAAAAGCUCUUUCCUCUUUUUCUCAUGUUUCAGCUGGGGCUUUGCUAUUUAGCAGCCACCAUAGCUCAUAUAUCAAAACAUGAACUUAAAUAAAACCAGGUCUUGAAUGAUUCACGAACUUAAAAAUUCUGUAAUGGAUUAGACCCAAUGAAGAGGUGAGGAAACUGCAGCAGUACUUAGACUGUACUGAGUCUAAUAAUUAGUAGUUAAGCCUAAAUGUGGUGCCAGAAUUGACAUCUUAAAGACUUACUGAUUUAUGUGCCAUUUACCCCUGAUGGUGACCAAUCCUACUGUGAUACUUUCCUAUUUAAUGAUAAAUUUUCCUGUUUAGUUUUCUCCGUAGGCACAGAAUUGGCUCAUUUUGAGCUGAAGUAUGCAGUUUUCAUGUAGGCCCUAAUUAAUUUUCUUCCACCCAAGACCCCCUGAGCAAGCAUGCUUAAUUGCCAUAAACAAUAUUGAGCUUCUCAAAGACUGAAAGUGGAGUCAGCCCUUGAAAAAAAAGCAGUUGUGAUGCAAACCUGAAUGUGAGACUAAACAGCUGAACUGAGACUGAGCUUGCUGCUCAGCCUGGGGAGAUUAAAUACACACCCAUGACAGGACUGAGGGAAUGGCUUGAAGCUGUAUUGGGGAGGUUUAGGUUGGAUAUUAGAAAAAUGUUCUUCACCCAGAGGGUGGUUGGGCACUGGAACAGGGCAGUGGUCACAGCACCAAGCCUGACAGAGUUUGAGGAGUGUUUGGACAGUGCUCUUGGGCACAAGGGGUGACUCUUGGGGAUGGCCCUGUGCAGGGUCCAGGAGUUGGACUUGAUGAUCCUUGUGGGUCCCUUCCAAUUCAGCUUAUCCUGUGAAUAUGAACUGAAAAAGAACAUACUUUAUAGUAAAUCUGGAUGAAUUUGUGCCACUGGGUAGAAUGGAAUUAAAAAAUCCUAAAACCAGGAAAAUCCCAAGAAAAGCAUGUCAGUGCCUCUGCAACAGAUGGCAAGGUUCUUUUCCUUGAAGGUAGUGGGGAGGCCUUCAAUUAUCAGCCAAGUAAGGAACUGGAUGGGUAGUGACCAUUUUUAUGCCUCUGUAACAGUGCAUCCUAGGCUUUUCAGUAUCUGGAUUGUCUAGUUUGCAAUUCUAAGGCUCUUCAUCCUCCCUAUGCAGUGAAACAGGGUAGUUAUUAAAUCAUGUGGAUGAACAACCUAAAUGUCUCAGUUCUUUAUUGGGUCUGUUUUAGAAACUACUUGGAAACUUGCAGAGAGCCUUAAUUGCAGGUCUGUUAUUCUGUAAUGAUGUGAGCACUGGAAAAGAUGAGCAGUCACAUCUGGAGCCUGUACUUUACCCACAUGUUCAGCUUCAACCACAUCUUGAGUUAUAGUAACCCAGGGUGGAGGUCGCAGACAAAUAGAUUGUUUGUCAGGAUUGUUACAAGGGAGAAAGAAAUAUAGAGCCAAAAUUUCAAAAAGCAAACCCCAACACAGUGUUUAUGUGCCAAAAUUGCCACCUGGGAUGAAUUUAGGUCUGUGGAUCCAGGUGAGCAGUCCAUAUAAAAUCCUUGUUUACUUGUAGUGUGGCUGAGAAUCCUGAGACAUCUUAUGUUCUGCCUACACAUAUUUUUUAGGUGUGUAAAAUGCUGCUGCUCUGCUUUCCUGGGCUGGCAUAAUUUUGACUAUGAAGAACAUUUUGACACCUAAUCUCUGUCUUCACAAAAUAGGCAUCUAUUGCUAUUAAUAGCAAAGGCUAAUCCAAUAACUAUGCCAUGAGCCUGCAUCACUCACACAGCAGCACUGAAUUUAGCACAUAGUAGAACAGCUGAGACUAUACCCCUUCAAAAAACAUGUCAAGACAUGGAUGAGGCUCUCCAGUGCUUCUGACUUCCUAAACCUUCAUGCUUAUAUUCAGAGUGACCCAUCACUAGUGGUCACUUUUAGUCUCUAUCACUGUCCCCAGCUGAAUACAUUGCUGCCACUUCACCCUGAAAUAGCCCCCUGCCUGUGGGGGGCUUGCAUCCAGGUGUUUGGCUUCCAUGAGCAGGUGUUCUUACCACUAUGUCAUUAUAAAAAUUAUAAGUUAAGGUAUUACAUUGUUAAAGGCAUGACUGGUGUGCUUUGUUGGAGGUGAAGUUGAUCAGUUCCAGUAGUAUGGGCACAAUCAUUCUUCAGUGCCUUCCAGAACACAGCAAUCACAUACAGUUCUAAUGUCUUCCAGCAGCAGCUUGCUUUGUAGUUUAAACUUUUAUGUACUAGGGCAACUUGGCUCUGGACCAGCACUUUAAUGGUUCAUUUUCAUGUAUAACCAGAGUUUAUGAAAUAAGAACUAAAUAUUCUACUGUUGUAAAUAAGUCCAGAGAGGCUUUGGCUAGUUUUCCUUUCUUAAUAGUGUCAUUUGAGUUCAUAAAACUUUUAUUAUUGUAUUAAAGAGUCACAGAAUGAAGACUACAAGUCUGUGAGGUAAAAUUCUUAUGUUUGGGAUCAGUGCUGUUGAAAUGAAAUAAUACUUAUCCUAAGAGUUAGUGUGAAUGUAAAAGAUCUAUUUUUUCAAAGAAUUUAUUUUAAGGGGUAGAAAUAUUUAGUUACUGUGAUAUCAGAAAAUUGAUACUUUCUGCCACUGAAUUUUUCUGAUUUCUGACAUUGCCUUAAGUUCUCUUCAUUGAUUGUGAUCUCGAAAAGUAGCUAAACAGGUCUAACAGUGGAAAGAAGUAAAUGAAUUCCAGUUCUUGACUUGAAGAUAAAUGCUUUUCUUUUGUUAUAUUGUAUUUUUGAAGAUUAUUUUUCUCUGCAGUCCUGCUGUAAUGCAGUGUUGAUCUUCAUUGCUGCAAUAACACAGCAGGCAGAAGAACUGCAGCCAAAGUCAAUUUAGCCUUUGAAACCGAUGUCGAAGAGAUGAUAUGUUUGUCAAGGAAUUGUCAUGUAUCCGCCUGGUUGAAUGCAUUUGUGAUUUUGCAAUAUGUGGUGUUAAAGCUGAAAUAAAAUCUGUCUUGCUGUUUAUUGAAACUGAUAUGCUCAUGUAUUAUGCCAGAUUCAGCAGC